CGUGGUUUAAUUGGUAAAUUUAAGUUUUUGAGGUUGGUUAACAAUAGACGCUCCAGUUGGCUACACUGCUUACUGCUUUACUUUUCAUUUUUUGACAGUAAAAGUUUGGUUAAGUUUAACUUGCACGUGUUGAAUUUCGAAAAAUGAAAUAUUGUUUGCGUUGAUUGAUGAAAAUUUAAAAAAAUGACCAAGUUAUACGUUUUGUUUGAACAUGCAGCUGGAUAUGGCGUUUUUAAAGUUGAAGAAUUCGAAGAAAUUGGAAUGCUGCUUCCGCAGUUAGAAUCAGCCGUACACGAUUUGAGUCGAUUUAAUAGCAUUAUAAAACUCGUUGGAUUUUCUCCAUUUAAAUCAGCUUUGACGGCUUUAGAAAAUAUUAAUGCAAUAUCAGAAGGUAUUCUUCCUGAAGAAUUACAACAAUUCCUGGACAUAACGGUUCCCAAAGGUGGGAAAAAAGGCAAGCUUACGUUAGGAGUCAGUGAUCCAAAACUUUCAGCUGCCAUAACUGAAGGUUUAGGAAUUACAUGUAGUCAUGUUGGUGCUGUUCCGGAAGUCAUCAGAGCCAUUCGUCAUCAUUUCCACAACUUGGUGAAAGGAUUCACAUUAAAAAGUUCAGGAGUAGCACAGUUAGGAUUGGGACAUUCAUAUUCACGUGCUAAGAUAAAGUUCAAUGUACAUAGAGUUGACAACAUGAUUAUUCAAUCAAUAGCAUUACUGGAUCAAUUGGAUAAAGACGUCAAUACAUUUUCUAUGAGAAUUCGUGAAUGGUACUCCUAUCAUUUCCCAGAAUUGGUCAAAAUUGUACCUGAAAACUACACUUAUGCAAAAGUAGCAAAAUUCAUUAAAAACCGAAAAGAAUUGUCAGAAGCAUCAUUGGAAGGUUUAGAGGAAUUAACUAUGGAUUCAGGCAAGGCUCAAGCCAUUUUGGAUGCCUCCAAAUCCAGUAUGGGAAUGGAUAUCAGUGACAUAGAUUUGUUGAACAUAGAAAUGUUUGCCACCAGAGUAGUAUCGUUGGCUGAUUAUAGGAAGCAGUUGGCUGAAUAUCUAAGGUCUAAAAUGUCAGAUGUAGCCCCAAAUCUAGCUACAUUAAUUGGUGACCAAGUUGGAGCUAGAUUGAUAGCCCAUGCAGGUUCUUUAACUAAUCUUGCUAAGUACCCAGCAUCUACUGUUCAGGUAUUAGGAGCCGAAAAGGCUUUGUUUAGAGCCCUAAAAACCAAAGGAAAUACUCCAAAGUAUGGUUUAAUCUUUCAUUCAACAUUCAUUGGACGUGCAGGCACCAAAAACAAAGGCAGAAUUUCAAGAUACCUCGCCAACAAGUGCUCAAUAGCCUCCAGGAUAGAUUGUUUUUCUGAGACACCAUCUCAGAUCUUUGGAGAAAAAUUGAGGCAACAAGUUGAAGACAGGUUAAAAUUCUAUGAAUCUGGUGAUAUUCCUAAAAAAAAUAUUGAAGUUAUGAAAGAGGCUAUUGAAGAGUAUGAACAACAAGUUGCUCAAAUGAGCCCUGAAAAGAAAAAGAAGAAAAAGAGGAAGGCAGAAUCUUUGAAUGAUACAGCAAAUGGGGAAGAUACUGGUUUGGAUGAAUCUGGACCCCCCAAGAAGAAGAAAAAGAAGAAGUCUGAGUCUUUGGAUGAUACUGCAAAUGGGGAAGACACUGGUUUGAAUGAAUCUGGACCCUCCAAGAAAAAGAAAAAAAAGAAGUCUGAGUCUUUGGAUGACAGUCAAGCUAGUGAGUUAAAUGGCACUCAAGAAGAUAAUGAAGACACACCCAAAAAGAAGAAAAAAAAGAAGAAACAGCAGGAUGAGUAAUAUUGGUAAUUUUUUAAUACCAAACUAUAAUUUUAUGUUUAGGAUUAAAUGGGUAAAUGUAUCCAUUUUGUUAGUUCAUUUUUCAAUUUCAAUUAAAAAAAAUAUUGACAUAUAUAUGUAAGUUUUUGUUGUGUAAAGUAAGUACUAGGUUUUUAUUCAUUCAUAAGAAAACCUAGUUUUUUUUGUUAGUAACUGGACCAUAAUAAAGAUAUUUUAUAAAAAAUUACCGAUUUUAAUUUGCAAUACUUUAAAUAAAACCAUAGAUAUAUAAAGGAUGUCACAAAAAAUUUAUAUAAAAGGGAAGUUUUCAGAAUAAAUUACCAUAAACUGGGGGAUUUGUAAAUCCUAACUAAUUAUUAAGAUGAGCUAAAAAUAAUUUUAAUUUAUUUUUAUUUAAUAAAUCCCAAAC